AUGACUUCAAACGAUACACCAGCCAAGAGUAGCCCGCUUAAAAAGCGAUCUAUCGCAGGCUCAUUCUUCUUCAAAUUGCCAAGCGGGGAUGAGAAACAGGCCCAAGUCGCUCUGUUUAGACGCAGCGGGAAAGUGAACACUUAUCAACAUAAAUUAGCUCCUAUUUCUGGCAGCGUCGAGAAGGACGACGCCAGUCCCUUCGCUACUGCAUUACGGGAGAUCAACGAAGAGACAGGUCUUACUCUGUCUUCUAUCGAACUACUCCGCGUCGGAAAACCAUACUCUUUUGUUGACCAAUCUAUCGGUCGCGAAUGGACCAUUAACCCGUUUGCAUUUCGUCUCAAAGAUAAGUCCGAAGGGGGGAAAGGCGAAGAGGGCAUCACUGUCGAUUGGGAGCACGAUGGCUUCGGAUGGUUUAAUCCACUAGAUGUAAAUGAGUCGGACGAGUUUGGCGGCGUCCCGAAGCUCGUAAAUAGUCUGCGACGAGUGUGGCCCGAGUAUGAUCUGGGUCCGAAAGCCGGCAAGGCUUUCACGUCGGGUUUGCAGCAACUACGAAAUGACCAUGAAAACGGGGCAAGGCAACUAGCUGAGAUGGCUGUCUUAACUCUGAAAAACCUCAUCGCAGAGAUGGAUUCUCAUGCCAUAGAUGAUACUUGGUGGGCAAAUAUGCGAAUGGCCGCAUGGCACAUUUGCAAAGCACGCGAAAGUAUGGGGUCGGCAAUCACAAGUGCUGUGGUUAAAUCACUCGAUCGAGUCGAAGCAAUAUUCACCCAAGACUUAUCACCAUCGGAAAAAGUACGACAAAUGAUUGAAUCCAUCGAGGACCAGCUAAAUCAACGCGAAAUGACAACCGAACGUAUUCGUAAUACAUUCGUCGACUAUCUCCGACAAAACGUAACCCACAAUGCAGAGCCUAAGAAUAGACUCGCUGUCCUUACUUUGUCUUCUAGCUCUACUAUUUCGGCUUGUCUGCUACAGGCUGCCGCCGACUUAGGCAUCCAGCUUGACCUUCGCAUUCUUGAAUCAAGGCCUCUCUACGAAGGCGUGACUCUAGCCUCGAAACUACUCGAAGUGGGAAGUGAGUCAACAGAUUUUACCGUGACAAUUUACACGGAUGCUUCCUCCGCAUUAGCCGCAGAAUCCGUGGAUAUUGUCGUGCUCGGAGCCGACCGCAUUAGCUCUACUGGCGAUGUUAGCAAUAAAAUCGGAUCGCUUCCGCUUGUCUUAAGCCAGAAACAUGUAGCACCUAAAGCGAAGGUGAUUAUCUUGAGCGAGACCGAAAAGGUAGCAAGCCCAGGCUCUAUAGCAGAGCAUGAGGUAGAGGAAAACGACUCUGCCGAAUUGGUACGGACUUGGAGAGGAGGAGUUAAAGGGGCCAAUAUUAUUGAAGAUGCUUUAAACGAUGCCGAGGGUACUUCGACAUCCUGCAAGAAGGUUCAUGUGAGGAACGUGUAUUUUGAGUGGAUACCCGCUCGCUUCAUUCAUGCUUAUAUCACCGAAGAAGGACUUUGGUCUGUUGAAGAUAUUGUUAAGAGGUCGAACUGGGUCGGAAACGAGAUGGAUAGGUUCUUUAAGGAGCUAUAG